GCAAGUGCAUGGAGGGUUUUUUUUUAAGUGGUGCCCGUGAAAUCAUUUAAAAUGUAUCCAUCUUUUUGUUUGAACAAAAUAAAUACGUAUCACAAGUGUGACGUAAUUCCAAAACUAUAUCACAGACUAUCAACGUACCAAUUCGUGUCGUUUCGUAGCAUAACGCGGAUUUUUGUUUACCCCAUAAGUUUGCCCAGAAAGAGAAUCGUUACAGUUUGAUUACGGUAUUAGUUAAUUUAUGUGAAGUAGUCAACAUCGUACAAUCCAGUCCAAAUGCUUUGUAAAUAGUUUGCAAAACGAACAGCCCGCAUUUCAAAUAUAUUUUAGUACGGAAAAGAUCCCAUAAAUGACACACCCAGUACACAUAAUGCUCUCGUUAGGGCAACACUGAAUGUUUUUCCAAGUAAAAUGUAUUUACGAGUAGUUUAGCUGCCUCUUAACAACGCUGUUAACAUUUGGAGCAUUUUCAUUCCUUUGCAUGCGAACCUAUUCAUUGAUAUGCAACGUUUGCGUGGAAGAACAGCUGUUCCUCUCUCAGCCUCUGUGCAUUACUUAUUAGUAAGUUAUUCAACUUGUCAUUGCGUAGUCUCUGGUGAAGUCCACAACACAUGUCUUACCAUAUUGGUUUUAGGAACUGUACGGAUUAGGUGUCCUUGAGUUCAGCACUGUGAUGGGCUGAAAAGCACAUUGUCAAAACAAAAUUACAGUGCUUUUUAAUAUGAUUUCAAACGGAAACAACAACAUCCAAAUGCAUUUAAAAACAAUGAACAUAACCUUGAAGAGAUUGGAUCGUAGCAUUUAGGAAUCACCAGUUAACAUUCACUAUUUAUACAAAUGAACAACAGAGUUUGGAACCAUUAUGAGCAUCUCUUUAAUAUUUCCGCUUAAUUGGAGGACGCGCGCUGCUGUUCUCAAUCAACCAAUCAGCGCGCGGCCGCCACGAUGGCGACAGUUUAAAUCCCAGCAGGAAGAACUCACGCUGGUUUCAUGGCUCCAGGAUGGAGGGGUUCGUGUCCACGUGUCCGGCGUACAGCGUCGCUGUCCCAGCCCAGGACAUCGGCUGGGCAAAGAGGGAGGGCCGCUUCCUGAUCCCCCAGGGCCUGAACUACCUGGAGCUCUGCAAGGCCAUCCUGGCCCAGGUGCACCCGGGUGCGGCCCCGCCUCCGCUCCGGAAAGCCGCCACCAAGGAGUGCGGCGUGCAGGUGAACGCCAAAGUGGAUAAAAUCGUGCAGUGUUCGCUGGGUCCCAAAACGCUGCCGUGCGCGGUGGGCGACCGUUCCGGCUCCCCGAGGACGCCCGAGAGCCCGCAGCCAGUUAAACCGGAAUGGAAGGCGCCGUACGACACGCCGCCGCUGAGCCGGCUGCGCUACCAGAGGCCCGUCUCCAUCUACUCGCCGGUGUUCGACCGCCGGAUCUUCACGAAGAAACUCGACGAGGACGAAGCCGUCGCCGCCGAACCAGCGGGGUGUGAUCGGGCGGUCAGUGGCGAGGCCGCGGUGCCGGAGGUGAAGACCCUCCUCCGCGGGUCUUCGAAGGGGUCCAGCUUUCAGUUCCUGGAGCAGAGAUAUGGCUUUUUCCACUGCAAAAAGUGCAACAUCCGGUGGGAGAGUGCGUAUGUGUGGUGCAUCUCUGGUACCAGCAAGGUUUACUACAAGCAGCUCUGCCGGAAGUGCCAGGUGGGGUUUAACCCCUACAGAGUGGAGUCCAUUGUCUGCAAGGGAUGCUCUCUAACCUGCUGCAGCUGCGAGAAGAAGCAGAGGCACAUCAACAUGAAGCGGCCUCAUCGCCAGGACCUGUGUUGCCGCUGCAAGGGCGCCAGGCUGUCCUGUGACGUCACCUACAGCUUCAAAUACAUCGUCUGAACCGCCUGGCGUGUUCACGCUGGUCUGGGAUCUGUUUCUAAGGAGACUGAGUGCAAAUGCAUGUCGCCGGUGGAAGUUCCCUCCACUAACACAGCAGAGAGAUUUAUGUAUUCUAGGGGUCUUUUUGUUUCCUUUCAUCAGUCCUGGAGCGCAACUUGAACAUGAACUAUUUUUGUAAAAAUAAAAUCAAUAUAUAAAAUAAAGAAAUUGUAUGUUAAAAGUUA